UCGAUCCACAAUCCUCUCCGCAUAUAGCGCCGCCGCCGCGGCAUCUCAUAUCUCACCCGUAGCCUCCUUGGCCGAUUCCAAUAGCACCUCCACGGCCCCCCAACUCCAAUGCCCACGCUCGCUUUCCACGGGAUGAACGCCGCCUGUCUCCAACGCUUGCCCCUCCAUUGGAUCGCCGCCACUGCCCCACGGACGCGGUCGUCGUCGCCGUCCGCCGCUCCUCCACUCGAUUGCCGCUCAAGGAUGCGGUCACUGCCGGCAUCUCCUGGAGCGUGGGUCGUCGCCGCCCACCGCUCGGCUGCUGCCCCAUGGACGUGCUCGCCCACACCCCUACAUCCGCUGGCCUCUCCUGGAGCGCGGCUCGUCAUUGCCGCCCGCCGUCGCCGUCGCCACACGCAGUGCAUUGAGGCCCUAGCCAUCAAGAGACAUCUUUCCCCGUGAGGCUGGAGUAAGACAAGUUGCAGAGGGAGUUCAUCAUGUGCCGGGAUUGCUUGAAGCACGAUUCAUUAAUAUGGAUGAGGCCUGGGGCAUCCUGCAAACUGGAAGCAAAGCCAAAGUUGUUGGUUCUACAAACGCUAACGAGCACAACAGCCGGUCACACUGGUUGUUCACCAGAUUUUUAUUCACUCGCACUAAGUUGCAGACCAUAAAAUCCCGUCCUCAUUAAUUUUCCAUACAUUAUAUUGUGUGAAUGUGAUAGUCAAAGGAGAAAACUUGAUGAAUGGAGAGCCAUAUCCGCUCUUGCAACUAUGAGCCAGCACAUACCCUUCAGGAAUUCAAAGUUAACACACUUGCUGCAAGACUCACUAAGUGGAGACUCCUAAACUUUGAUGUUUAUUCAAGUUAGCCCAAACGAGAAUGACCUAAGCGAAACUCUCUGCUCUCUGAACUUUGCGAGCAGGGCGAGCGGGAUAGAGCUUGGACAGGCAAAGAAACAAGUUGAUGUUGGAGAACUGUCAAGAUAUAAGUUGAUGGUAUGCUCCAGUGAGAAGGGUCAACAAGGUUUCACUACAAUUCUGUGCUUCGGAAAUGAUUUCAAACUUCCAAUUCCCCGUAACAGUAAAGUGGGGCAACAAGGUUGACUUUAUUCAUGCGCUGGAAAUCAAAAAUAUAUAGAGGAUGUGUGAUAUGGAUUCAAGAUGCAUGUUGAUUCAUGAAGAUUGGUAAUUCCGAUUAUUUGUAUGAGUAAGGAAUUAGAUGUUAUCCAUUUCAUGUGAAAUUUGAAAUUUUAAACGAAUUAUCAUAUAUUUAGUUACGAUUUAUGAUGUUUGACAAAAUGUGUAUUACUUUAGACGUGCGUUGCACGUGCAUACUUACUAGUAUAUAUAUAUAGGUAAAGAAAAAAGGGAUCCGCUGGAGAGAGUCCAGUCCUCGUUCGUUCCCGUCUUGUUGUUCCCCACCGAUCGUCCUCCCAGAAGUGAGGCGCCGCUGGCCGCCGUCGCCGCCCUAAUCCAAGAUACGACCAUCCACCCGACACGACCUAACCCUGUCUCCCGCUUCGGAUCCAUGGAGGAGGCGGAGAAGGAGAUGUUCGACAGGAACACCAAGUCAAGGCUGGAAAGCCGUCCAGGGCCGACGGCGGAGGCGGCCGGCCUGAUCACGACGACCUCAUCCUCGAGAUCCUCUCCCGCCUCCCGGCCAGGUCCCUCCACCGCUUCAAGUGUGUCUCUGUGUCCUGGCUACAUCUGAUCGCCGACCCCGCCAACCGCAAGAUGCUGCCGCAGACCCUCGCCGGCUUCCUCUACACGUCCACCGACAACAGCAGACGCGGCCAGCACUUUGCCAGCCUCUCCGGCAACGGUGCAGCCCCGUUCGACCUUUCCCUCCCUUACCUUCACAAUAACAAGGACGACAAGGGCAUCACCCAGGUGGACGCCUGCAAUGGCCUUCUUCUCUACCGUCGCCACAAGAAGAACAAGGUGACCCCUUGGAAAAAAGAGGACGAUUUCGGUUUUGUGGUGUGCAAUCCCGCCAUAGGGAGGUGGAUGGAGCUGCCCCCACAACCGCAGGCGCCACCGAGAAGAUAUACCUACAUCACAGGCCUGGCUAUUGAUCCGGCAGUCUCGUCCCAUUUUCACAUUCUUCUUUUCGAAGAGACCUAUACUGGAUACUACAUCACAGGAGUGAACAUCUACUCAUCGCGAACAGGAGCCUGGAGUCAUAGGGACAGCAGUGGGAUGGUUGAGAAAGUCACCCUGUUCUCUAGGAGUAAAUGUGUCUUUGCUGGAGGUAUGAUGUACCUCAUGGGCAAUCUGGAGGACAUCAACGGUGAGUAUGUGCUGGUGGGGGUGGACAUGGAGGGGAAAGUGUGGAAGACUAUCUGCACUCCGUAUGUUCAAAGAUUUGGAACCAUUGGAUUGUCUCAGGGGUGCUUACACUAUGCUGUAGCUUCUGUCGGUGAUUACAAUGCAAUCCAGUUUACUGAGAUAGCGCUCUGGUGCCUCAAGGAUCGUGACAGUAAAGAAUUAGUCCUGAAGCAUACCGCCAACAUCAAUAAGCUUAUGAGCAUCACUGGAAAGAUGUACGUGGUGGUUGAGAUUCAUCCAGAUUGCGACACCAUUUUCUUGGUUUCAUUUCGUGGUGAUACCUUGGCAGCCUACGAUAUGCAACAUCAGAAAGUUGGCUGUAUCCUUAAUCUUGAGAAGAAUACACGACAAUUUCUACCUUAUGUUCCUCUGUUCUCGGAAUCAUUAGCAGAUGAAGAUGGGCGGUAGUGUUACCUUCAAACCAUGCUUGUGCUUCCUCCAAGAAUUGGCUUUUCUGUUGUUUGUGUACCUCUGAAUCUGCUUGAAUAAUGCCGCUCAAUCUGCUGGUGCUUACACUCCUGCUUGGUUGAUUUCCAUUUCAGAGCAAUGCCUGGUGAAGCACAGAUUAAGCAUACUGUCAUUUCCAAAGAGCAUUGUUACCCUUGUUCUUUUUUCUCUAGCACUGGUUGUUGUUCUGGACAUGUAUUAGUUCCAUGUGGCUAAAUUGCUAAACUAUACUGUA